AUGAACGGCGGCGAUGAUGCCCACCACGCUAGCUGGCGGUCAUCGCAGUCUUUUGACCGCCGGCGCGCCAGUCACGAUCACCGUCCAGGCCUCUACACCUUGGGCUCGAACCAGAGCAAUGCGAGCAUCUUUGAGGAUGUCGAGAUGGCACACGACGAGCUCUACUCUGGUCCUAUGGCAGAGUCGCUCCCAACCAGCGUGUCCGCAUUCAACCACCGCCGAGCUCGCGCCGAUUCCACCACUAGCUUCUCCUUCUACCAAGAAGACAUCGACGAACAUUUCGAGACAGGCGAGGUCGCAUCGGUCGAAGACCUUGACGAACUACCGUUUGAAGAUGACUAUGAAGGCGACGUUGGCGCAUCAGAGAUGGGUUCAUCAGACUUGGAGCGCCAAGCUCCAGACGACGAUUACAUGCUCAACAGACGGUCCUCAACUCAGUCAAGGAGAUCUGGACAUAGCAGGAUUCUGCGCAGAGACAGCGGUUUAUCAGCAAGCAGCGGGCAUGGAGGAAACCGUACCAGCCAAAAAGUAUACAUGGUGAACGAAGAUCUCUAUAUCGCCAUUGCUGGAUUCCGCACGAGCACUCUCGGCCUGGCUGUGUACAUCCUCAUAUGUUUAUCAACCUUUGGACUGGGCUGGCUUUUGUUUCGAUGGGUACCCAGAUGGCACGUCAAGCUGGUCGGACGACCAUCUUCAUUACGGGACUGUCAGUGGGUGGUUAUUGAAAACUCAUGGAACGAGAUGGCCAUCCUUAACGUUGACUCAAAGCCCUAUGGACGUGUCCUUUCGACUGUCUUCGGAACCCCGGGUAAACUGGCCAACUAUUCAAUGGAUGAAGACUAUGACCCAAUCCUUCAGGACCUCCGCAUGCUCAACUACCGCUAUGUGCGCUUUUUCUACCACCCGUUCAAGGAUAAGUUCAUUCUUUGCAAUGGCUGGAAGGAUCCGCUCUGGACAGACGUCCAAACAAUUCGCUCUGGUAUCGACAGCGACGAGAAGAGCCAUCGAGAUGCCGUCUUUGGGGGGAAUCUAAUUGACAUUGAGGAAAAAUCUACUUUCCGCCUCUUGGCCGACGAGGUCUUCCACCCCUUCUAUGUGUUCCAGAUUGCCAGUUUGAUAUUAUGGUCAGUUGAUGAGUACUACUAUUACGCCGUUGCUAUUUUCGUCAUUGACCUUGUACCUGGUGACAUUUACGAGGUCAGCGAUCCGAGUCUCGGCCAGUUUCCUGCGGACAGUCUUCUACUUGGCGGCGACUGCAUCGUUAACGAGAGCAUGCUCACCGGUGAAUCUGUGCCAGUCUCCAAGACCCCGGCAACCGAUCAGUCGCUCCGGAAUUUGGACCUUGGUGCCUCUACCGUGCUUCCAGAAGUGGCGAAACACUUCUUGUUUUGCGGGACAAAGAUCAUCCGUGCUCGCAGGCCUCAAGAUGACCACAAUGAGGAGGCUGUUGCCCUCGCUCUUGUUGUCAGAACGGGAUUUAACACCACCAAAGGAGCUUUGGUUCGGUCCAUGCUUUUCCCUAAGCCGUCGGGCUUCAAGUUUUACCGCGAUUCGUUCCGGUAUAUCUCUGUCAUGGCAUGCGUUGCAAUGGUUGGGUUUGCAGCCUCGUUCAUCAACUUUAUACGGCUCAACCUGUCAUGGCAUCUCAUCAUUGUUCGGGCCUUGGAUCUGAUCACUAUCGUGGUCCCUCCUGCGUUGCCUGCAACACUCACCAUUGGUACAAACUUCGCACUCGGCCGUCUUAAGUCAAAGAAGAUCUUCUGUAUUAGCCCACAACGGGUCAAUGUCGGUGGAAAACUAGACAUUAUGUGUUUUGACAAGACAGGAACUCUGACUGAGGAAGGCCUUGAUGUUCUCGGGGUUCGGGUGGUUGAUCGAACCAACAAUCGGUUUAGCGACAUCCUUGACAACCCAGACGAUCUUGUGCCUCGUCAAGAUCACGGCACCGGAAUCAGAGAUUCGAGCGAUACGCUGAAGGCGGCACUGUACACGAUGGCAACGUGCCACUCUCUCCGGUCAAUAGAUGAUGAGCUUGUUGGUGAUCCCCUGGAUCUCAAGAUGUUCGAGUUCACAAGAUGGUCAUUCGAAGAAGGACACGAGGGAGGAGGCGCUACGGAUGGGGAAGAGCAAGGAACGUUGCAGCCAUCCAUCGCCAGGCCCCCAACCGUGGACAAGGGCUACACUGAUGCCGACCGGCAAGAUGCUGCGCAAAACGGGCGUGCACCAUUCGAGCUGGGUGUUCUUAAGUCUUUCGAGUUUGUGUCUCAGCUCCGAAGAGCAAGUGUUAUAGUUAAGACCUUUGGCCAGAAGAGCGGAGACAUCUUCGUUAAAGGCGCGCCAGAGUGCAUGCGAGACAUUUGCAAGCCGGAAUCAUUUCCCGCGGACUACGAUGAUCAACUCAACUAUUAUACGCACAAGGGAUACAGAGUCAUCGGCUGCGCUACCAAGCACAUUCCCAAACUCAGCUGGGUAAAAGCUCAGAAAAUGACGCGGCAUAACGUCGAAUCAGAUCUGGAUUUCGUCGGAUUUAUCAUCUUCGAGAACAAGUUGAAGCCUGCAACGGCCCCGGUUUUGAAAGAGCUCGCCGAGUCGAAUAUCGGAUCGGUCAUGGUGACUGGAGAUAACAUUCUUACUGCGAUCAGCGUUGCGCGGGAGUGCAGUCUGAUUAACAAAACAGCUCACUGCUUCGUUGGUCGCUUUGUCGCCGGUCAUUCAAGAGAUCCUAACGCCAAGUUACAAUGGGAGAGCAUCGACAAUCCGAUUUACCAGCUGGACGACCGCACCUUGCUCCCCUUACCACCACCGCCAGAGGGAGACAUCUCUCUUCCAUACGACAUUUCUAACCUACGGAACUAUUCUUUGGCUGUCAGCGGCGAUGUAUUCCGAUGGGUGAUUGACUAUGCGCCUCCAGAAGUUAUGCGGAGAAUGCUCGUCACUGGCAAGGUAUUUGCCCGCAUGUCUCCUGACGAGAAGCAUGAGCUUGUUGAAAAAUUGCAGAGCAUAGAUUACUGCUGUGGCUUCUGUGGCGACGGCGCCAACGACUGCGGCGCUUUGAAGGCCGCCGAUGUCGGUAUCUCACUUUCCGAGGCUGAGGCAUCGGUGGCCGCUCCUUUCACAUCCAGAGUGUUCGACAUCCGCUGCGUCCCAGAGGUGAUUCGCGAAGGCCGAGCCGCGCUUGUCACCAGCUUUAGUUGCUUCAAGUACAUGAGCUUGUACUCAGCCAUCCAGUUCACGUCAGUCAGCUUCCUGUACGCGUCAGCAUCGAAUCUGGGCGAUUUUCAGUUCUUAUUCAUUGACUUGGCCCUCAUUCUACCGAUCGCCGUCUUUAUGAGCUGGGCCGGCCCAUUCCCAGAGCUCUGUCGUAAGAGACCGACGGCCGACCUGGUCUCUCGCAAGGUGUUGGUGCCACUUCUUGGACAAAUGUUUAUCUGCAUCUUCAUCCAAACUAUGGCGUUCAUCGCGGUACGCGAGCAACCCUGGUUCAUCCCACCCAAGGUAGAACACGAGAAGGUCAACAUUCGGAAUUCUGAAAAUACCGCUCUCUUUUUGACGUCCUGCUUUGAGUAUAUACUCGCAGGGGUGGUUCUCAAUGCGGGCAGGCCCUUCAGGCAACCUCCCUGGAACAACUGGCCCUUCGUUGCUGCGAUUGCUGCCACUCUUGCGUUCACGGAAUACAUGAUCCUCGGUCCGGCUGCCGGGCUGGUGAGUCUGAUGGACCUUACUCCCAUCAGCUGGGACUUCAAGAUGUUCAUAUUUACCCUGGGCAUCAUGUAUUUCGUUCUGGCUUGGGUUGGCGAGCACGUCAUGUUCCAACGGCUUGCGCGCUUGAUUGGAAAGGCCAGUCAGUCGUUGACCAGAGAGCCCAAGAAGAGGAAGGAGUAUAAGGUCAUCUUGGAGAGGAUGAUCUGCUAACUGAGGGAUGUCGUCUCUCUCCCACUUUUGACACUUUGUAUAUACGAACGUAGGCCUGGACGGCGCCGAGGCGUUUCAGGCAUGGAUAGGAAUGUCUUCGUCCCCCGGUGAGUUUUCAGGCUCCAAGCA